GUCCUUCUUUCUCUCUCUCUCUCUCUCUCUCUCUCACACACACACACACACACAAUUGUUUUUCUCUCUAGAAGUCGGCCAACAGCAUUUCCAUGGCGGAAACUCCACCAGAAAAACACACGAUCGACCCUUGCAAUGGCUUCUGCUCACAAACUACCACCUUCCACAGCCUAAGACCACCAGUCCCUCUCCCUCCUCCCACCAUACCCCUCUCUCUCUCCUCCUACACACUCUCUCUCCUCCAGCACUCCUCCUCUUCAACCACCACCCCCUUAACCACCACCCCCUUUCUCAUCGACUUCGCCACCGGCCGCCGCCUCCUUUACUCUGACUUCCUCCGUCAAACCAAAUCCCUAUCUCUUUCUCUCCAAGCCUCAUUCCCAUCUCUCUCCAAAAACGACGUCGCUCUUAUCCUCUCCCCAACCUCUCUCCACCUCCCAGUCCUCUACUUCUCUCUCCUCUCCCUCGGCAUCACAAUCUCUCCCGCCAAUCCCCUCUCCACUCAGUCCGAGUUAACUCACCUCAUUCGACUCAGCAACCCCGUCAUCGCCUUCGCAACAUCCUCUCACAACCUCCCCUUCUCUCUCCCACUCGGUACCGUCCUGCUCGACUCGCCCGAGUUUGAAUCCAUGAUUUCUGACUCGGUAAUUGAAAGCGACUGUAAACCUAACCGAGUCGUGAAUGUCAACCAGUCAGACUCGGCGGCGAUACUUUAUUCUUCGGGAACGACGGGCCGAGUCAAGGGCGUCGAGUUGACGCACCGGAACUUUAUCGCUUUAAUCGCCGGAAUUCACCACCAAAGCCGCAUCGAAAUCGAAGAGAAUGCGGCGGCUGCGGAACCGGCGGUGUCGCUGAUGAUUUUGCCGUUGUUUCAUGUGUUUGGAUUUUUCAUGAUGAUUGCGGCGGCGGCAAUGGGAGAAACUCUGGUUUUGAUGGAGAGGUUCGAUUUCGAGGGGAUGUUGAGGGCGGUGGAGGAGUAUAAGGUGAAUUAUAUGUCGGUGUCGCCGCCGCUCGUGGUGGCCCUGGCGAAGUCGGAGGUGGCGGCGAAGUACAAUCUGACAUCUCUUCGGUUGCUUGGAUGCGGUGGCGCGCCGCUUGGGAAGGAGGUUUCCCAGAGGUUCACGGCGAAGUUCCCCAAUGUUGAGAUUGUGCAGGGAUAUGGUCUAACUGAGACUGGUGGAGGUGCCACAGGGAUGACAGGGCCAGAUGAAUCUAAGCAGUUUGGAUCUGUUGGCCGCCUAGCCGAGAACAUGGAAGCCAAGAUAGUCGAUCCUACAACUGGAGCGGCCUUGCCUCCAGGGCAACGAGGGGAGUUAUGGUUACGAGGACCUACAGUAAUGAAAGGUUAUGUUGGUGAUGAUGAAGCAACUGCUGCAACAUUGGAUCAAGAGGGCUGGUUGAAGACUGGUGAUCUCUGUUACUUUGAUUCUCAUGGAUUCCUCUACAUUGUUGAUAGAUUAAAGGAAUUGAUUAAGUACAAGGCUUAUCAGGUCCCCCCAGUUGAGUUGGAACAAUUGCUUCAAUUGAAUCCUGAAAUUGCUGAUGCUGCUGUCAUUCCGUAUCCCGAUGAGGAAGCUGGGCAGAUUCCCAUGGCCUUCGUGGUGAGAAAACCUGGGAGCAAUAUCUCUGAAGCUCAAAUUAUUGAUUUCAUUGCAAGACAGGUUGCACCAUACAAGAAGAUUCGACGUGUUACAUUCAUCAAUUCUAUUCCAAAAUCACCAGCAGGGAAGAUCUUGAGAAGAGAACUAACCAAUCAUGCUCUCUCUGGUGCUUCAUCUAGAUUAUGAUCCCAAGUUAUAUAUAUAUAUAUAUAUAUAUACAAACUCAAAAGAAAAAUCAGUGUAUAUUUUGAAAAUAAAAAUUCAGAUUAAUGAUAAAUUUUAUAAUUUCAAUUAUUGAGUGCAUAAACUUUUUGAUGUAUAUGUAAUUAUUUUUUGAAGGUAUAACUGAUUUGUAAUUUCCCCCUUUAGAUUUUUGGAAUGGAACGGAAAGAGGGAGUU